GCCUCCGUUGCUGUUGCCGCACCCCGGGGGAGCCACCGCUGUCGCCGUAGUCGCCUGAGGAGAAGUUUGAGGAGGGAAGCGGUUGCCGCGCUCGAAGUCUUGCCGGGAAGUGUGUUGUCGUUGCGCUGCCCGCUGCACGGGAAUGACCAUGGAUAAAAGUGAGCUUGUGCAGAAAGCGAAACUCGCUGAGCAGGCUGAACGUUAUGAUGACAUGGCUGCUGCCAUGAAGGCAGUCACUGAGCAAGGGCAUGAAUUGUCCAAUGAAGAGAGGAACCUCCUUUCGGUAGCCUACAAGAAUGUGGUAGGUGCCCGACGUUCUUCCUGGCGAGUGAUUUCCAGCAUUGAACAGAAGACAGAGAGGAGUGAGAAGAAGCAGCAGAUGGGCAGAGAGUACCGUGAGAAAAUCGAAGCAGAAUUGCAGGAUAUCUGCAAUGAUGUUCUGGAGCUCUUGGACAAGUACCUUAUUCUCAAUGCCACACAACCAGAAAGUAAGGUCUUCUACUUAAAGAUGAAAGGUGAUUACUUCAGAUAUCUCUCAGAGGUGGCAUCUGGAGACAAUAAACAAACCACAGUAUCAAACUCCCAACAAGCUUACCAGGAAGCAUUUGAAAUUAGUAAGAAAGAAAUGCAGCCCACACACCCAAUUCGACUUGGCUUGGCUCUCAAUUUCUCUGUCUUUUACUAUGAAAUACUAAAUUCACCUGAGAAAGCUUGCAGUCUGGCAAAAACGGCCUUUGAUGAAGCAAUAGCUGAACUGGAUACACUGAAUGAAGAAUCUUACAAAGAUAGUACUCUGAUCAUGCAGUUACUCAGGGACAAUCUCACUUUAUGGACUUCAGAAAACCAAGGUGAUGAAGGGGAUGCUGGCGAGGGAGAGAACUAAUGGCUAUCAUGCUUCACUGUCUGUUCAAUAUCACUCUGUACCCUACACAUAUAUCCCUUUGUGCGACAACGAAUCGUACGUCAACUUUUCACAACCUCAGCAUAGCAAAAAGUCCGUAGGGUGAACAGUUGGUGUUUGUAUCAAAAACUGAGAUUGGUAAAACAAAUAACGAUGGCAUUCUGGAGUUUGAUUCUGAUUAACAUUGACAGUUAGGAUUACUGAGUGUUUCUCUUUUUCUCUCUCUCUCUCUCUCUUUUUUUUUUUUAAACUGAACACUGUGAUUAUGGGGUUUUGUAACUUAGCAGAACUCUUACUGGUAGAAAAAAAAAGUAGACCUGAAUUAUGUGUGACUUUUUUGAAAGUUUAAUCUGAUAUCCAAAUAGUCAAAGUACAAUUCUGUUGUAAAGUUGUACAGAAAGUUAUAGAGAUUAUAUUGUGACACUGGGAUGAGGAAUGAAACACCCAUCUGGUAGUAUUCCAGCUCAUUGACAACUGAAAGUGAUUCCACCUAUUAUUUGGGCUUCAGAUUUCAUCACUUUGGGCUGUUUAUAGUCCAGAACCAGUGAAAGCCACUGUCACACUUUUCCUUUUCCUCUGGGCAAGAUGGACCCCUGACCUCCAAAUUCCUUUGUGACAGUCACCUGGAUUUUGAAGCUGAAUAAGGUCUAAUGCACAUAUAACCUAGAAUCAUGGGAUUUCUGAAUUGGAAGUACCUCUCAACAGCUAUCAAGUAUAUCCCUUUCCCAUAGCAAUAAGUUACCAAUUUGCAACUUAUGCUUAAAUAGUGGAAUCAUCCUUUAAUUGUGACAAGUGAGCUGAAGCAAGAAAAGAUGCAUAUUUUAUGAAUGGCCUUAUCUGUUUGCUGGAUAUUACCUUUAAGAAUAAUGUACUUACAAGAUUGCCUUUCUCUAGGAAAAUUUAAAACAAAAAACCUUUAGGGUAUUCCCAAUUUAGAACUCAAAAUGCAGUCUCCAGCCAUUCUUUCCACA